GGGUCAGGAUCCUGGACAGAAAGCUGAGUGAGUACCCUUCCCGCGCUUAGAGCUCUAGGGUUUAAGCUUUACUUCAAGAACCACCGGUACAGAGAUCUUUCACGAAUCUUGGACCAUCAAAUUUCGGUCUUUACCACAAUGGAGGUGGAAAUGGAGACUUCCCCCAGCAGCUUUGACCCCGAAGAUCUCAGUAUCAGACAGCGCUUUCGUCGAUACGGCAAACGGCAUUCUCCUUCUAGCUUAUCUCCGCACCGAGAAAAAUCAGCUGAUAGGUUAGCAGAGGUUAGGUCAAAUUCAGCUCUUUUUCUGGAAAAUAUCAAGCAAGAAGUUGAAAGCCUUCAUAGUGAUCAUGUAACAACACCUCUAAAGAUGCAAAAUGACACAAAAUGGAGAUCUUCCCUCGAGAGCCAUGUAAUUUCUGGGACAGAUUUUAGUGUCGAUGCCACUCGCCAAGGUGGAAGCAUUUCCCUUAUAACAUGCAAGGAGGAGCAUGAUGCAGUGGUAGAUGAUGAGGGCACAACCUUUUCUUUAUUUGCUUCGCUAUUGGAUUCAGCUCUUAAAGGGUUAAUGAAUAUACCUGAAUUGGUACUACAAUUUGAGAAUUCUUGCCGCAAUGUUUCAGAGUCAAUUAGAUUUGGGUUCAGUGGAAGUCACAGAAUUGUGGAGGACAAAUUGAUGAAGCAGAAAGCAAGAUUCUUACUUGAUGAGGCUGCAUCAUGGUCUCUCCUGUGGUACCUCUAUGGAAAAGGAAAUGAGGAACUCCCCAAGGAUCUAAUGAUGUUCCCAACAACUUCACAUUUGGAGGCUUGCCAGUUUGUUAAUGGAGAUCUUACUGCACAGCUCUGCCUUCGGAUCGUUCAGUGGCUUGAAGGGUUAGCCUCAAAAGCCCUUGAUUUUGACAAGGAGGUGCGGGGUUCUCAUAUAGGUACAUAUCUCCCAAAUUCUGGAGUUUGGCAGCAGACUCAACGCUUCAUAAAGAAAGGUUCUUUGAAUUCAAAGACAGUUAGUCAUUUAGAUUUUGAUGCCCCAACACGAGAACAGGCUCAACUAUUACCCGAUGACAAGAAGCAAGACGAAUCACUUCUUGAAGACGUUUGGAUCUUGAUAAGGGCUGGCAGACUGGAAGAAGCAUUCAACCUCUGUCGUUCUGCUGGACAGCCAUGGAGGGCAGCUACUUUGUCUCCAUUUGGACGGUUUGACCAGAGUCCCUCAAUUGAUGCCCUGGUAAAAAAUGGAAAGACUAGGACUCUGCAAUCCAUUGAACUGGAAACUGGCAUUGGUCACCAGCGACGCCUUUGGAAGUGGGCUUGUUAUUGUGCAUCAGAGCGAAUUGCAGAGCAAGAUGGAGGUAAAUAUGAAACAGCAGUGUAUGCAGCACAAUGCAGUAACUUAAAGCGCAUUCUUCCAAUUUGUACAGAUUGGGAGUCUGCCUGCUGGGCAAUGGCCAAAUCAUGGCUUGAUGUUCUGGUUGAUAUUGAAUUGACACGCCUGCAACCGGGUGGAAGAAAUCAGUUCAAAAGUUUUGAAGAAGCACUUGACCAAAGUCUGGAACAGGAAAAUGGUGCCUCUCAGCCAAUAAUGGGCUCAGAUGGUUGGCCACUUCAAGUUGUGAACCAGCAACCUAGGCACAUUACUGCGUUGCUUCAGAAACUGCAUUCCAGUGACACUGUGCAUGAAGUUGUUGCACAAUCAUGCAAAGAUCAGCAGAGACAAAUUGAGAUGAAUCUUAUGCUAGGUGACAUUCCUCAUCUGCUAGAUCUUAUCUGGUCGUGGAUAUCACCAGCUGAAUAUGAUGAAACUGUGUUCAGGCCUCAUGGUGAUCCACAGAUGAUGCGUUUUGGCGCACAUCUAGUGCUUGUAAUUCGGUAUUUACUUGCUGAUCAGAUUAACGAUGUCUUCAGAGAGAAGAUAAUGACAGUUGGAGAUCUUAUUAUUCACAUAUAUGCCAUGUUUCUUUUUACGAAUCAUCAUGAAGAGUUGGUUGGCAUAUAUGCAUCUCAACUUGCUGCUCAUCGUUGCAUCAAUCUGUUUUUACAUAUGAUGGAGUUACGUCUGAACAGCAGUGUCCAUGUCAGAUAUAAGAUCUUUCUUUCUGCCAUUGAGUACUUGCCAUUUACUCCGGAAGAUGAUUCAAAAGGCAGUUUUGAAGAAAUCAUUGAGAGGGUUUUAUCAAGGUCCCGAGAAAUCAGAGAUGAAAAAUAUGAUAGCACAAACAAUGUUGCAGAGCAACACCGGCUGCAGAGCCUUCAAAAAGCUAUGGUUGUUCAGUGGCUUUGUUUUACACCCCCCUCUACAAUCAACAAUGCAAAAGAUGUUAGUGCCAAACUACUUCUUCGGGCAUUGAGGCAUAGCAAUGUACUUUUCCGGGAGUUUGCUCUUAUUUCAAUGUGGAGGGUUCCAGCAAUGCCAAUUGGAGCACACACAUUACUUAGUUUACUUGCUGAGCCUUUGAAACAUCCAACUGAAGGUCUUUCCACUGACGAUUAUGAUGCUUCCGCGAAUCUGAGAGAGUUCCAGGAUUGGAAUGUAUACUACUCAUGUGAUGCUACUUACCGGAACUGGCUAAAAAUUGAACUAGAGAAUGCCGAAAUUUCUCCACUUGAAUUAUCUGAUGAGGAAAAGAAUAGAGCAGUUACAGCAGCUAGAGAAACACUGCAGACUUCUUUGUUACUGCUUAAAAGAGAAGAAAAUCCUUGGCUGGUUCCAACUCAAGAUCAUAUUAUAUAUGAAACAGAAGAACCAAUAUUUCUGGAAUUGCAUGCUGUUGCAAUGCUGUGUCUAUCUUCAGGUGAAUGUAUGACUCCAGAUGCCACCUUGUGUGCAACAUUGAUGAGUGCACUCUAUUCUUCAGUAAGCGAGGAACAAGUGCUAAACCGUCAGUUGAUGGUGAAUGUCUCCAUUUCAUCUAAGGACAACUACUGCAUUGAAGUUGUUUUACGCUGCUUGGCGGUAGAGGGUGAUGGGCUUGGAUCUCCAGAGCUCCAUGAUGGUGGUAUUCUUGCUACAGUGCUUGCUGCUGGCUUCAAAGGAGAGAUGCUUCGUUUUCAAGCUGGAGUAACAAUGGAAAUCUCUAGAUUAGAUGCAUGGUAUUCUAGAAAUGAUGGCACUAUCGAAAGCCCCGCUACAUAUGUAGUGAGGGGUCUCUGUCGCAGGUGUUGCAUUCCUGAAUUAAUUCUCCGGUGUAUGCAGGUUUCUGCCAUGCUAAUGGAGUCCGGCAAGCCACCUCAAAACCAUGAUGAGCUAAUCGAGCUGGUCACUAAUCCCGAAACUGGAUAUCUUAAUCUGUUUAGUCAGCAUCAGUUGCAGGAAUUUUUAUUAUUUGAAAGGGAAUAUGAAAUUUACAAGAUGGAGCUUGAGGAGUCCAGUAAUUUUUUAUCAUGUAUAUACUGAAUAUUGGAAAUUUGGAAUUGUGAAUUGGGAUAGUGUAAUAUUAAAAUUUAGCAUAUCAGUUACAUGCCAUUUUAACUAUUCAUUUUUAAUGUCUUCUAUCUAUUAUUUGCGAGUGGUCAAUGAAUC